GCGAGGCGGGCGGAAGCGGCAAAGGCGGAAGCGGCUGAAGCAGCGCGAGUCUCCUCCUCCUCCUGGCUACCGGGUGCUGGAAGUACUAUGCAGCCUGAUGCAGAGAGAACACGGCCACGGCCCAAGAAACCAGAUAUGGCCUUGUAUGUUCCCAGGGCACGGCGGGAUAUGGCGGUCUCAAAGACCGGCACCAAAUGUGGACAGGAGGAAAGCCAUUGCACCACAGGGAAAGAGAGCAUUAAAAAGUGUAAGCCAGGGAAGAGUGCCAGAACUGGAAGAAACCUUCUUCACAGUAGUCAAGAAAGAAUUGGUUCCCCUAGGCAAGUGAGAGAAACUUUGCCUCUUGACUGGAAUAAUGACAAUGCAUUCUGCCAAAGCAAUCCAAGCCCAAAGGUACACAAAGAGAAGAGGCUGAGUUCCCAACAGAAGCCAGAAUUUCCUCAAUCCUGGCCUCUCUGCAACCUCCUAGACCCAGCAUCCAUAUCACUGCCCAACAGUGGGGUGGAGACACCUUUGGAGUGUUCCACUGCACCCAAUGCUAAAAGCCUAGAGCAGCUGGAGGAUCUCCGCCUUCAGGUAGGUCAGACUGAUGUAGUUUGUACUUUGGGACAAGCUCACUCUGUUCCAUCAGCAGAUCAGGACCCCUUUUCUUUGCAAAGAACUCACACCCUUGGCAGGAUCAAGCAGUCAGGAGCACUCCUCCCAGACCAGGCAGGGCUGAGUGAGAGAAGUGCGCAAUUAUACAACAGUGGGUCAGAGCUCAUGGAUCAGAGACAGGUGAGUGAAGUGAGUGUGAUGGCUAGCAUUGAUAACAUAAUGGAGUCUGUACUCAAAGGUGAAUCAGAACCAACUGGAAUAAGACAGGGUGGCAUAUGUGAAAAUGGAAGCAAUGAGGUUCCAGAUAGAACAGAAACACAGAAGGAUGGCUCACCAAUGUUUACAAGUGAAAGACAGUCCGGUCAGGCAGCAAUAGGCAAGAGUAGCCUCCUGGAGCACAUUUAUGAGAGCACUCUGGCUUCCACAGAGGGGGCUGGAUGUGAUCAAUUUCAAUGCCUAGAUGAGAACAACUCCAGUCAGACCAAAAUGAGUGGUGGGAGUGCCCUAGAAUACACCCACAACCAACUUUCAGAGCAGACAGAACCAAAGGAAGACAGUAAAACCAAAGAUGUUGUUGCACAGGCACAAACAAAUGUGCAUUGCACACUAGAAAAUGGAGAAAGGCAUGAGAGUAAUAUGUCUAGUCAGGCAGCCAAACACAUGUCUGAGCAGAAAGGAGUGAGCCUGGAACAUGGGUCUUGCUACUGGGAUGGGAAUGUUAUGACAGGGAGCCUAAAGGAGAGUUCAUAUAAAGCUUUUCAAGGUAGUUCAGGUGGGGCAGUAGGCCAUGGUUGUUCAGACAGGCCCUGUGGAAGAUUAGAUGCUCUGCCCUACUGUCUCCUCCAUACAGCAGAGGAUCAAACAGGACAUGUGUGUAGCGGUAAAGAUGGGGAAGAAAGCAGCUUCUCCAAUCCUGCCUCUAAGUGUGAAGUUGAUAUUUCUGAGGUUGCACAGUUGAUGGGAGAUGUUUGUUUGGACUUGGGAGAUCAAAACACUGAGGGCAGAGACAAUACUGCAUCCAUCAGUUCUUCUCAAGAGGUUGCCUGCCAGGUCCUGGAAUAUGCCUCUGAGAAGAUGGCUUGUUCUUCAGAGAACAUCUUGCCUAGAGAAAGGCCACCUGUAAGUGACACCUCUUUGGAACAAACGACCCAUGGGGAUGUGCUCAUGAGGUUAAAGCAUCCACCCAAUGCUGAGGCAGAAGGAGAAGUUGAACAGAAAACGCCAUCCAGAUGGGAAGAACCUACUAGAACCUGUGCCGGUCAUGAGGAUGACAACAUGGCUGAUGAGAGCUGGGAUGCUCUGUUUAGCGAUGAUGGUGAAUGCCUGAAUCCACGUUUGCUGGAAGGGCUGUCUGCCUGCACCCCAGCCACUACAGAUUUGCAGGAGCCACGGUUUGACUACUAUAACUACACUCCAGCAGACCUGGACUUGAGCGACUCUGAGCUGCCACACGUCAUUGAGAUCUACGACUUCCCAGCUGAGUUCCGUACAGAGGACCUGAUGCGUGUCUUCUGCAGUUACCUGAAGAAAGGCUUUGACAUUAAAUGGGUAGAUGACACGCAUGCACUGGGCAUCUUUUCCAGCCCCAUCACAGCUCGGGAUGCUCUCACUACCAAACACCUGAUGGUGAAAACCCGCCCAAUGUCACAUGCCACACGUGCUGCAAAGACCAAAGCUCGAGCUUAUGCUGAGUUCCUGCAGCCAGCCAAAGAGCGCCCAGAGACUUCAGCUGCGCUGGCCAGGAGACUGGUGACAGGAGCUCUUGGGGUGCGGAGCAAGCAAAGUAAGGAAGAACGUGAAGCUGAACGCAAGCAGUUACAAGCUGCCCGAGAACGGAAGCGCCUGGAGGCCAAGCAGAGGGAAGAUGCCUGGGAGGGCCGUGAGUGAGCUGACGCCUAUGCAAGGAGAUGGGAAGAGAGAUGACAAUGCUCCCUUGAGAUUGGCACAGAGGCGCAAUUUGUGUUUGCAUUGGUGGGGAAGUCCUACCAUGGCAUUUGGGGUGAGCAGCAAGGCACAAGCAUAUUGUGGCCAUUCUUGAGUAGAGAGAGUGAUAUAUAUGCUCAGAGAGAGUGAUAUAUAUAUGCUCAGGCAAACAUCCUUCCUGAGUUUGUCUGACAACUUGAAAGAGAUGGGCGAGAGGCUGGCAGUGCCUCAAGAACAGGUGUGGGCAAACUUUGGCCCUCCAGAUGUUUUGGACUUCAACUCCCAGAAUUCCUAACAGCCUAUCAGCUGUUAGGAAUUCUGGGAGUUGAAGUCCAAAACACCAGUCUGCCCAUGUCUGCUCAAGAAGAAUUGGGCAUUGGGGCCAAAGCCUUGUAGGCUUUAUGGCUACCACAGAGAUGUAAUCCUAAGGCCUAAUCACUGUUAAGUUGAACGUUUUGGAUUCAGUUUCAACCUGUUCUGUGGGCAGCAGACAGACUCCAGAGCAGUCCUGUGUUCAAUGGAACUGGAUUAAGAUGCAGCAAUUUUUAAAGAAUCGAUCAAUUUGGGUGGCCAAAUGGGCCCACUAUUGCCUUUACUAUUAAAACUUGUUUUUGUUUGAUGUAUUUUAAGAAAACCAAUAAAAAUAUAUAUUUCAAAA